AUACGGUUAAUUCUCUUUUUUAUUUAUUUCAUUUCUCACAGUGGGUGCCGCCUUAUUCUUCAAGUUCCCAAAAAUCUGCCACAAAAAAUGGGAUGGAUUUUGCUGUAUUUCUUCUUCUUCUAUGCUCUUCACGUCCUGAUUCAUCGUCUUCUCAGCAGAGUUCAGAAACGCCCACCUUCCCCUUUCCCAGCCCUUCCCUUCGUCGGCCAUCUCCAACUUCUCAAGCCGCCCCUUCACCGGACUUUGGCCAAAAUUUCCGACCGCUACGGUCCCGUUCUCCUCCUCCGCUUCGGAUCUCGUCCGGUCCUCCUCGUCUCUUCCCCUUUUGCCGCUGACGAAUGUUUCACCAUAAACGACGUCACUUUCGCUAACCGCCCCCGCCUUCUCGCCGGCAAACAUUUAGGCUACGACUACACUGCUCUUGUUUGGGCUCCUUAUGGCGAUCACUGGCGCAACCUCCGUCGAAUCGCCUCCGUUCAUCUCCUCUCCUCCACUAAUCUCCAAGCUCUCUCCUCCACACGCGCCGACGAGGUCCAUUCCCUACUCCACAGCCUCCACCAGAAAUCAGAUCAGAUCGUGGACGUCAGAACAGUGCUCUUCGAGUUCAUGCUUAACGUUAUGAUGACGAUGAUCGGAGGGAAGCGUUACUUCGGAGACAACACGGCCGAUGCAGAGGAAUCUCGGAACUUCCAGGAGAUCGUUUCUGAAACAUUUCGCCUGUCGGGGACUAAUUUUGCCGAUUAUUUGCCAAUACUGAAGUGGAUUAUUGGAAGCAGAAGAAUCGAAAGGAGUUAUAUUAAUCUGCGGAAGAGGAGGGAUGGAUUCAUGCAGAAUCUCAUAGAGGAGCACAGAGAGAUCAAGAAAUUAGAGAUGCGCACCCAAUCUCCAUUAUCGGGAGAGACGAAGAAGAAGAAGACGAUGAUCGAAGUGAUGUUGUCUCUUCAAGAAUCGGAUCCCGAUUACUACACCGAUGAAAUCAUCAUAGGCCUCAUGCUGGUUCUACUAACAGCUGGGACCGACACGACGGUUGGGACCAUGGAGUGGGCGAUGUCGUUACUGCUGAACCACCCUAACGUUCUGGCAAAUGUAAGAGCCGAGAUAGAUGAUGUCGUUGGCCAAGAACGACAUGUCGACGAAUCUGAUUUGGAAAAGCUUCCGUAUCUGCAGUGCGUGAUUAAGGAGACGCUGCGGAUGCACCCGGUGGGGCCCUUACUGGUGCCCCACGAGUCGUCCGCGGAUUGUACCGUGGGUGGGUACCACAUCCCACGUGGCACAAUGCUACUGGUUAACGCUUGGGCGAUCCACAACGACGGCGGAAACUGGGAGGAGCCGGCGGCGUUCAGGCCGGAGAGAUUCUUGGAGGUGGCAGCGGGCGCCGGAGAUGGGUUGAGAUAUGUGCCGUUUGGGUUUGGGAGGAGGGGGUGCCCUGGUGAGACGCUGGCGGUGAAAGUGGUGGGGCUGGUGGUGGGGUCGCUGAUUCAGUGCUUUGAGUGGGACAGAAUUGGAGAGGAAAUGGUGGACAUGGCCGAGGGAACAGGCCUCACCAUGCCCAAGGCCCACCCCUUACAAGCAAAGUGCAGGCCCCGUCCAAUUCUCUACCGCGCCAUAAGAUCAUAUUCUCAUUCUUGAGCAUCUGCCUCAGAUGCUCUGCGUCCGAAUCUUAUGCCAACUUUAAGUGAGUAAAUAGAUGUGUACAGUUAGGGUAGGCAAGAAUCUUAUUCCCCAUGGUGGCAGCUGAAUAAUUGAACCGCAUAAGAUUUCAGAACCCACUUUUGCUUUCGUUACCCUCUCCCUGUUCAAUCUUGACCUAUAUAUAAACAUGCCUCUGUCUGGCUUGCAACAUACAAAGAUCCAAAACACACUUGUUACACAAACGUAAACCAAAACCAGCUUGAUCGCAUCGAGCCAUGGCCCAAGCAGGAUCUCUAUCGGCCGAGACCGAGAGUCUCAGCCACAUGUUUAGCCUAAU